AUGAAAAUUCAGAGGAGAAGCACAACUAGGCACUAUCGCGGGUACACUUUGCCUUUCAACUUUAGAGCGCUUGAUUUGGAGCAUCGAUAUCUAAAAUGGAUAAGGGAAUCUUCUUCACAGGCGUAUCGAGCUUUUUCUUACUCACAUAAGCACUCUCCUUCCCAAAAAUGCUGGCAUACCUGGUACUUGAAGCAUGACACUCGAGAAGUAGCCGAUGAUCCUUGCUUCUUCACUCUUAAUUGUUCAAGUCCCCAAAAUGGUACAGCAAUACUUAACUGCAUGAGUCCAGAGUAUGAUGAACGUCUUGCUCGCUCGUCACAAUCCUUAGAAUCUCUGCAAGGAGAAAGCUCUACCCGCAAGUACCGUCCAUUCUUCUUUGUCGAUACAAAGGCUCUGCCUGGUAGUACCCAAAACAGCAGGAACCCCAAAGACAGUCGCAACCGCUUAUCGCUGUUGACUAUGCGACGCCUGAAUCGACUGUCAGCCCUAGAUAAUGUGACGAUCUUCGUGACGAAUUCCGAACAUGCUCAGCGUCACUUCCCUGCGGAAGACUUUGUACGCUACGCUCGAGGAAUUAAAGGAUAUGUAGAAAGUAGAAUGCUUCAACGUUUCAACCCAAUUCCGGAGUUUUCUAGGCUCUUGAGCGAUUUGGUAUUAGUAGUAGCGCUAGCAAUUGUUUCGUUUUUUGAAUUAUGGGGUUUAACCUCCCCAAUCGUGAUGGACAGCAUGGAAAGAAUUGAUACUAUUUUGAAUGGUAACAUAACUUAA